AUGAGAAAGAUCGACUUGGAUCGUGGUUUAGGACAGCAUUAUUUCCUCCAGACAACACAUUUCUCAAUUCUCGAAAACAGAUUUGAUUCAUACAAAGAAUAUACACAUCCUCCAAGCAAUCAUAAUCCUUGCGAUAUUCAUGCAUUAGAUGGCAAUUACAGAUUGGCCAUUAUGUGCAUCAACGAAAUAACAACAACUCCAACCAAUCAAUUACCAGACUUGGAUGACGCGGUCCCUGUGGUUGCCUUAUUUGGUGAUUCCGGGGCAGGCAAAUCUACCUUCACACGUUAUCUCCUUGGAUUUGGAACCAACACGAAUGAGCCCACAUUGGGAUGGCCGGCUGUGGGAAAAGAUUUAAAAUCAACUUCCCAUGGAAUGAAAUCCUUUCGAACCAACAACUAUUAUUUAUUCGACACAGAGGGUUCAAAUGGAGGCCAAAAACAAGGUGAUUCUCAGGUCACUUCCACUGAUGAAGAAACGUUAAAAAGAAUCAUCUUCAACACACAAACAGUACAUAUAUUUGGCAGUGUUAUUUUAUAUUUAUCACUUGACAAGGGUAAUAAUUAUAUAGUCGAUUUGUUCGACGCGUACCUUGGAUACUGCAAAAGUAGAACCAUCAAACAAUAUCAUAAACCUCAUUUAAUAAUCGUGCGCAACAAGUGCGAUACACCAGACGAAAGGAUUGAGAAUGUAAUGGCUUCAGAUCCCCGGAUUAAUUCAUUGGUCCAAUCAAUCAAAUUUUACACCGUUCCAAUUUGGAACACGAACAUUGGACUGUUCACUCAAAAGAUGGAGGAAAUCAAAGAUCAGCUCAAUCAGCUGGUUCAAAUUCCCAGACCAACAAUUCCACAUUUUAAUCAAUUCAGAGGCAGAGCAGAGACAGAACAAGCUGAAGACAAAGAACUGGACUAUUACCAUUUUUAUCACAGCCGUUCUCAUUCUAAUUGUUCCAAUGAUUGCGAUGAAGCGGCUGAACACGAGACCAUACCACACCAUUGCAUGUGGUGCGUCCAAGAUUGCCCUUCCUGCAAGGUUCAUCAAUCGAUAUUAAUCAAUCCACUGAUCAAUCUCAAACGAUCAUGGCCAACUGCGCCAGGUGUUAAAAUAUUUCAUCUGCAGAGGAAUAAUAUCCGUCGUCAGUUGGUUGGUCUUGAAAAAUUAAUGGAAAAAAGAGAUCCUUUAUACAAAUCUUUUUCCAUGUUUGUUGGUGUUGGUGGCCUAUCGGAUUUUGUUGCAAUGUCUCUUUCUUUGAAAAAAGGGCCAUUAGAAAUCAAGAAUAUUCUGGACCAACAUUUUUUGGAUAGGAAAACCACAGACAACCAUUCUCUUCUCGAAAUAUUUCCAGAUCUCAAACUAGAGCCAAUAUCCAACGAAAUGUUAUUAGAUUCGGUACAGUUUGGAAUCGAAGGCCGUGAUAUUACUUUUGAAAUGGUGGUUAACAAUAUGAUGGACCUAAAAGAGACUUGUAACGAAGAUUUCCUCGAGUAUAACAAUGGAUGUUAUUUUGGUAAAGAAGAUCUUCACGACGACAAUUAUGAAAAAGCGAUUGAGAGUGCUAUCAAUCAAGACAAAGACCACUUUUAUUUCUUUUGUGACAAAGCCAACAUGAGAAUGACAUCAAAAGUUAUUCCUAAAUCAGUACCUUUAGUGUACCCAGACAACUAUGAUCUGGUCAAUAACAAGCUAGUUAGAAUAGAGAGAGAAAGAAAAAAGUUAUUGGUUAAUAAGGAUGCAUUAGAGAUAAUUAAACGUGGGUGCGGUGAUCGACCAAUCUCUGUCUUGUCAGUCAAUGGUCCGAUGAAAUCAGGCAAAUCAUACCUCUCGAAUCGGAUCAUAGGAAGUAAUGACAUCUUUUCCCUUGGACACUCAACUGAACCGAAGACAGUUGGUAUCUGGAUAGCCACCUCCUUCCCAGAACACAAUGGCAAACGUGUAAUAGUGAUCGAUGCCGAAGGUUUCAGUCCUCUAUACAUGGAUCGUACUCAUACCAUCUUUUUACUAAGCUGUCUUCUCUCGAAUACAUUUGUUUACAAUACCUUUUCACUUCCGAGUGGCCACGAUCUGGAUCAACUUCCACUCGUAUUUAGUUUCAAUAGAUUACAAAUCAAAGAGGGACAGCUAAUCAAGAGUAGAAAGCAAAUUGAAAGAUAUUUACCACAUUUUGUUUGGGUGCUGAGGGAUACCUCACAAGAUCUCUUGAGGACCACCACGCAAGAGUACAUGAAAGACUUUCUUACAGUGGAUAGUUUUGUUUUUGGAGUAAUGAUUCAUCGGAAUACUACCAAACAACUACUCACUUGCUUCAAAUCGUUAACAACCAAGACUGUUACAAUGCCUACCUCCAAUAUGAACUUCCUUCAAAAGUUGGAUACAGUCAGCGACAGAGAUUUGAAUCCCGAUUUUGUUUCUCAAAUAACCCAACUUGUAGAAUUUCUAAAAAACCGGCCUAUUGAAAAGACAGGAAUACAUGGUUUACCCGUUGAUGGUGAAAUAUUUACAUAUUUAGUUGGUUUAUAUACCGAUGCAUUGAAUGAACCAAAUAGUUUGCUUUCUUUGGAAGAUUCUUGGACUAGUGCAAUUAAGAUGAAGCUUCAGAAUAACAAAUCAACCCUAUAUGGUUAUUUUAACAAUAGAUUAAAAUCUCUCACGUCUGAGACCCUAUCGCUCUUUGAUCGAUAUCGAUUGGUCAUUGAUCUUCUCAAACUAAAAAUUACACCAAGUUCGAAUAGGGAGGAGCUAAUACAAAUUGAUUUUUUGAUACUGCAUAGUUUCAAAUGCGAAUCAAAAAAUGGUGAUGGGGGUCCAUGUGAUAUUAGAUCAAUACAUGAACAUCACCAAGGAUUUGAAACUACCAAUCCACCCAGUGAAUCGUUUUCUUUGGCAACUCAUUAUGACCAAAUUAUUGCUAAAGGAGAUUUUGUGGAAAAUCACAUGGCUUGUAAAGAUAUAAAUACAGAAAAAAAAUCAUUGUGUGACCAAGAGGCAAAAUUUCAAUGUUUGGUUUGUGAUAUAUCAUCUUGCUCAGAUCAUGUACACGCAAUCCCACAUCCUUCAAUGGAUAUUUUAGAUUAUUUUCUUUGCCACAAUUCUUUGUCACCCACAAACGAAGAGAAAAAAAAGAGUACACUCGAUGAACAUGCUCAAAAGAUUUUAUAUGUUGACAAGGACACCCAACUCAAAAAAGGACCAGCAAAAUUCGAACCGGCAAAUCGAAAAGUGGUUAGUUUUGUGGGCCCUUCAUUGGCAGGAAAGAGCUCGCUUAUAAGAUUCUUCAUCAACAAAGGUUCUAAAGAAAAAAUCGAUGGUACAACUUUUCCACUUGUCAGUGACAAAAUGCAAGCAAUGACAUCUGACCUUUGCGGAUACCCUAUCAACAACGAUCUUUUAUUAAUAGAUUCAGAGGGCAUUGGAGACCUUGUCCCCUGCACUUCACAGCCCGUAGAAAACAGAAAGAAGAUUACAAAUAGUAAAUUCCCGAGAUUCAUAUAUGACAUUAGCAAUGUUAUCGUUUUUGUAGCAAAUCACCCAAUUGGAUGUGGAUUGGAUCCACUGUACAAGAUGAUCGAGGAUUUUACCCCAACAGAAUCCAAGGAAAACAAACCAACCCUCAUUGUUGUUUUCAAUCAAAUCAAAUCAAUGGAUACAAAAUAUGAAAAGUUCCUCAAUAACGAAUUCAAAGGCAAAGGCAAUUAUCAAUCCGUACAAAUAUCAACCAUCCCUUAUUUUGGCUUGUUUCAACAUCAUUUUUUUGAAGACAUUAAUAUUUUGGUCGACCAAAUUCAAAAAUGUGAUGGACCAACAAUUAGUAGGAUCGAUCCUGUUUUAAUAUUAAAACAAUAUACUGAACCACAAUUACAAUCGUUGGUCAGCAUUGUGAACAAACAGUUCCAUCAAAACUCAUUGGAUCAGUAUGAUUAUAUUUGUUGUGCAUGUCAAACAUUAUAUCAAACAACACAAAGAUACCAACUCGAUCAUCCAGCAACAACUGAGGCUCUAGACCAACACCAUUGCCUACCUUUACAACAAGAUUACAAAAACAUUUUGUAUUCUAUUAUUGGUUGA